CCGAGAGAAUCAGCGAGGCAGGACUCCCAGAAGUGACUGGCAGCUGGGAUCUCUGAAAAGAGAGCGACAGAGAGCGACUGAGACAGACAGAAAGAGAGCGAGAGCGAGCGAGAGAGCGAAAGAGAGCGAGAGAGAGAGCGAACGAGACAGCAAACACGGAAAGCAAGCGAUCUAGACCGAGUAGGGGAAAUUGAGAUUUGGCAGGUUAGACUGGCAGGCAGACCGACAGAAGCUGUGACUGAAAGACUGAUCGGUCAGGCGCCGGAGAACCUCACACAGGUUCCUCCCGCUUUUCCUCUUAAAAAUAUACUAAUUUGCUUUAUCUGUGGCGCCUGAGAGAAUGCAGGACUCUGCGGACUUCAGCUCCAGUUAAGCUUUCUCAGAUAGGGAAGAAAGAUCAGCCCUGUACUGAGAAGGGGUGAAGAUAGCUAUCCCCUAUCCCCAACCCCUUCCCCCAAGGACCGAACUCAGGCGCUGAACACAGCCCUUCCCUACCACCCCACUUCCUCUUCUCCAUUCUAGCAUGGUGGCUGUAUGGACAGUCUGACAGAACAGAGACUGACAUCUCCCAAUCUGCCGGCCCCCCACCUUGAACACUACAGUGUUCUGCAUUGCACCAUGACCUUGGAUGUGCAAACUGUAGUCGUAUUUGCCGUGAUUGUAGUCCUCCUGCUUGUCAAUGUCAUACUCAUGUUUUUCCUGGGAACGCGCUGAAUGGAGUCCAGCCACCUAAACUGUUGCGAACUCCCGCUUUGAUUUCAUCCCAAGACUCAUCGAGAAACAAAAAUCAAGAGAGACAGAGACAGGGAAAGAGAGGGAGAGAAAGAGCAAGCUUUCUUACUCAGGGGGGAAAACGUGAGCUUCAACAUGGCCUCGCUGUGAUAUGUAUGACGUUGCUGAUCACUGGAGAUUCCAUCGUUAGUGCUGAGGCAGUAUGGGAUCACGUCACCAUGGCCAACCGGGAGUUGGCAUUUAAGGCUGGCGACGUCAUCAAAGUCUUGGAUGCUUCCAACAAAGAUUGGUGGUGGGGCAAGAUCGACGAUGAGGAGGGAUGGUUUCCUGCCAGCUUUGUGAGGCUCUGGGUUAACCAGGAGGAUGGUGUAGAGGAAGGACCGAGUGAUGUGCAGAAUGGGCAUUUGGACCCCAACUCAGACUGUCUUUGUCUGGGCCGGUCACUACAGAACCGGGACCAGAUGCGUGCCAAUGUCAUCAAUGAGAUCAUGAGCACUGAACGACAUUAUAUCAAGCACCUUAAAGACAUUUGUGAGGGUUACCUGAAGCAAUGCCGGAAGAGAAGGGACAUGUUCAGUGAUGACCAACUGAAGGUAAUCUUUGGGAAUAUUGAAGAAAUCUACCGGUUUCAGAUGGGUUUUGUAAGAGAUCUGGAAAAGCAGUACAACAAUGAUGACCCACAUCUCAGUGAAAUAGGACCCUGUUUCCUGGAACAUCAAGAUGGAUUUUGGAUAUACUCUGAGUACUGUAAUAACCACCUUGACGCCUGCAUGGAGCUUUCCAAACUGAUGAAGGACAGCCGCUACCAACACUUCUUUGAGGCCUGUCGACUCUUGCAGCAGAUGAUUGACAUCGCUAUUGAUGGUUUCCUUUUGACUCCAGUGCAGAAGAUCUGCAAAUAUCCCCUACAGUUAGCUGAGCUCCUCAAAUACACUGCCCAGGAUCAUAGUGACUACAGAUAUGUGGCAGCUGCUCUGGCUGUUAUGAGAAAUGUGACUCAGCAGAUCAAUGAGCGCAAACGACGUUUGGAAAAUAUUGACAAGAUUGCCCAAUGGCAGGCCUCUGUCCUAGACUGGGAGGGUGAGGACAUCCUAGACAGGAGCUCAGAGCUGAUCUAUACUGGGGAGAUGGCCUGGAUCUACCAGCCCUAUGGUCGCAACCAGCAGCGGGUCUUCUUCCUGUUUGACCACCAAAUGGUCCUCUGCAAGAAGGACCUGAUUCGGAGAGACAUUUUAUACUACAAAGGGCGCAUUGAUAUGGAUAAAUAUGAGGUAGUUGAUAUUGAAGAUGGCAGAGAUGAUGACUUUAAUGUUAGCAUGAAGAACGCAUUCAAACUUCAUAACAAGGAAACAGACGAGAUACAUUUGUUCUUUGCCAAGAAGCUGGAAGAAAAGAUCCGCUGGCUUAGAGCUUUUAGAGAAGAAAGGAAAAUGGUACAGGAAGAUGAAAAAAUUGGAUUUGAAAUUUCUGAGAAUCAAAAGAAACAGGCUGCAAUGACUGUGAGAAAAGUCUCUAAACAAAAAGGUGUCAACUCUGCUCGCUCAGUUCCUCCUUCCUACCCACCACCACAGGAUCCGUUAAACCAGGGCCAGUACCUGGUCCCUGAUGGCAUCGCUCAGUCACAGGUCUUUGAGGUCAGCGAACCCAAGCGCAGCCAGUCACCAUUCUGGCAAAACUUCAGCAGGUUAACACCCUUCAAAAAAUAAUACCUACAGGGAGUCAGAUGCUUUUUAAAUUUAAAUAUAAAUUAUAUUUAUAGAUAGACCUUUUUUCGGAGAAGCACUGUUGAAAUUUAUAUACAUAUAUAUGUAUUUCUAUAUAUGUAUAUAUGGACAUAAAAUCAGACCCUUGAGUAUACAGACAUAUAUACACACACAAACACACACAGAAGGAGCAAAAAUAUUUUCUGUUUGGGGAACUGAAAUCUGUGGUAAUUUAAAGGUACCAAUGACAUCUAAACACAUGAUCCUUUCUCUAAAAGUUUUCAAUUAUCACACUGACCCCCUUGCAUUUACUUUGAGAGACUGGUAUCUCUAUAUAUUUUUUUUAGUUAAGAUAAUCUAUUUACUCUUCUGUGAGUGGUUCAUUGACUUGUCAUUAUUAUCAUAGUUGUGUUUGCAUUGGCUUCUAGUUUUAUGAUAGUGAUGCUAAUGAGAUUUGAAUUUAAUGUGAAAUUAUAUUGUUUGACUCUUUUUCCCCCUUUCACUUUUCAGUGGGUUAAAAGAGGAUUCCCCCUUUUCCUCUCUCUUAGCUAACUAUCUACAGUUGUUUCUGUAGCACUGAAGUUUCUUGAAACAACAUUUCCCCUGCAUCUUUUGUACUCAGUCCCAUCAGUCUAGACAUGCUAUUUUGUGGCCUGUGAAAGUUUCUUGAUAAUUUCUUAUUGUUUUUAUUAUAUUUUAGGUGUUUUAAAAGGGCCUAAUUCAAACAGGAACAAGGUAUAUAUAUAUUUAUAUAUAUUUAUAUGUAUAUAGUCUCUCUGACAGAGUAUAAUGGAGCUGGAGAGGACGACUGUUCAAGAAACAUUCUACAUCUGGGUUGUUUUUUCUAGCUCUGGAAUUUCCCAUAUUAUAGCCCUGCUGUGUACUCAGAGUUUCAUAUCCAGUUUAGUUUGGAUCAAUUAAUCUCUUUCUCAAUAUGCUUUAGUUAUAAGAUUCCAGAUGCUAUGUCCUUCCACUAAUGGAAAAGAUGAACUGGAAGAUAAAAAAAGAUACGACCAUGACCCUUGGAGGAAAAAAUCAAUAGCCUUCCAGCAGCAAGUGAUUUAUAAAUUUUACCAUUGGUGUAAGGAAAUGUUCAUUCCUGCUCCCAAUUGUAUAUAGUUUAGGCAGCAUUUAUAGGAGUCUAUGGGGUAUAAUAAAAUGUAUGGUAUCCAAUAAAAAUAAUAUUUCCAACAUUAUUCCUUACUAUGCUAUUUAAAGCAUUUAAGGAGCUUAUAAAUAGUGUCUGAGGCAGAGAUUCUAUUUUCAUAACCAUUAUUGGCAUUUGUCUACCUGGAGAAAAUUAACUUCUCCCACAAAACUGAAGAAUCCUGUAUGAGUACAGGAAGUAUUAUUAUUUUUCACAUUAUAAUUUGAGUGGAGAGACAUUAAGCAGCAAUAAGAAUGGAGUAAGUUGGUAACCUGGAGAGUGUGAAUCUGUCCUGUCCCCAAGAGAUCUUCAUUACUAAAAAACUUUAGUUUACUAAGCAUUAGUGAUAGCUGAAUAGGACCUUAGAACAUCUGUUCUGGUUGCUGUUCUAUUACAAGCCCAGACCAAAUCUUCCUCAGCCUGAAAUUUUCCAUUUGUAAGAAUAAAAAUAUAGUGCUAUUUAAGUUUCCAUUUUAUCAUACUUAAUCAGACUUUUGGGGUAAAUCAAGGUUAAGACUAUUAUGGACAGAAAAAAAGGUCCUUGGAAUUAAUCACCACUUAUUAACCAGUUUCUUAAUACCCCAUUGGCAAGUAAAGUGGUGUCUAGUGCCUGAGCUAUGAAUAGCCUUACCAUCAAGCAUAAUACAUUUCAAUAACUGUGUAAGCCUCACUUUGUUGUGCAAAUUUUUUCCUAUUUUCUAUUCCUCCCAUGUGGCUUUGGCUUUGGCUUGUUACUCCAGAGCUUAUAGAUAGAUCAGAAAAGGAUGAUUUACAACUUGGAGGCCUACAACAUUUAUUACAAAAGUUCCCUCAUAUCAUCUGUUACUGUUAGUCUGGAUCUAGAGCUCUAGAAUCAGGGAUAUUACCUCAGCAUUCACUCACCUCAUACCUAACCAACCUACUGAUAUUUCAACAUGACAGUAACUUGUGAAAUGAAAAAAUCAGCUCACUGUUUUUAAAGUGGUAUCUCAGUUAUGUAAGCAAAGCAAAAUAAUGACCAAUAUCCUAUGGGAUGUCCCAUUACCUAGAGUCAGGGUCCAAGCCAAUCAUGUGUCCACACAGCAAUGCUAUCAUCAAGAACUCUGUAAAUCUCCCAUUUUUGCAUGGCCCCAAACUCUCCUUUCCUCAACUCAAUGAGAACGGAAUUUGUUCUACAAAUGGCUUUGCUUGUAUCUAGGGGACCUGAUAUGGGUGGUCCUAACACAGAAAUCCAGCUCUCCCUUUUCUCUUCCCUCUCCCUUUCUCUAUAUGUGUAUCUCUACUGAUUUAUAAGGACAACAAGUGAUAUCUAAUAAUUAUGAUGUGAUGCCAAAUAGUGAUCUUCUAGUGCUUUGGGGAUGGGGUGGGCUGGGUUGGAUCGAUGGGAAACAGCAAUUUUUAUUUCCCCUGCUGUGCUGCAUUUACCAGCUAAUUAUGUUUUUUCAGAAUGUUUGACCCUGUCAAACAAGUGUCAAAGUUGUGUGUUUAAAAAAUAUUUAACAAAAAUAAGAUGUUGUAAUGACACAAAGCCUUAUAAAAUAUUUAUGUAAUUCAAUAAAGAAGUAAAAAAUA